GCCACUGGCCGGCCCGCACACCAUGGCCGCGUCUUUCUUCGCCGACUUCGGCCUGAUGUGGUACCUGGAGGAGCUCCGGAGGGAGGAGUUCAGGAAAUUCAAGGAGCUCCUCAGGAGCGAGCCGCCGCCCCCGGGGCGCAGGCAGGUGCCCUGGGCCGAGGUGAAGCGGGCCGCACGCGAGGGCCUGGCGGAGCUGCUGCGGCGGGAGUACGGGGAGCAGGGCGCCUGGGCCGUGACGCUGCGCGUCUUCCAGAGGAUGAACCGCCAGGACCUGUGCGCGAAGGCCAGGAGCGAGGGCACAGGACACGCCAAGGCCUACCAAGCCUACAUCAAGGAGAAAUUCGGCGUUUUCUGGGCCAGGCAAUCGGCCACGAUGAUUCAAGAUUUCUUAAGCCAGGACGCCAACCAGCGAGACUGCGAGUGCAUGGAGCACUUCUUCAGCCCCCAGGAGCCCGAGGCGGGCGGGCAGACGGUGGUCCUCAGGGGCAUGCCGGGCAUCGGGAAGACCACGCUCCUGGUCAGGCUGAUGGUCGUCUGGGCCGAGGGCAGGAUCUACCGGGACCGCUUCUCCUAUGUUUUCUACCUGUCCUGCUGGGAAAUGAAGCAGUGGCCGGCCACCAGCUUGGCCGAGCUCAUGUCCAAGGGCUGGUCCGACUCGCUGGCCGCAGUGGAGGAGAUUUUAUCCCAGCCUGAGCGGCUCCUGUUCAUCAUCGAUGGCUUCGAGGAGCUGGACUGCGACCUGAAGGAGCCCGAGGCCGCGCUGUGCCGGGACUGCCUGGAGCGGCGGCCAGCGGCCACGCUCGUGAGCAGCCUGCUGCAGAAGCGGGUGCUCCCUGGGGCCUCGCUGCUCGUGGCCACCACCUCCGAGCGCCUGCAGGACAUCGAGCACCAGCUGCACACACCCACCAUUAGGCUGCUCCUGGGCUUCACCACCAGCGAGGUGAAGUUGUACUUCUGCAGCACCAUCCCCGACACGCGCAGGGUGGCAGAGGCCUUCCGGCUGGUGCGGGCCAGCGCGCACCUGGCCUGCUUGUGCGGGAUCCCGGUCCUCUGCUGGCUGGCGUGCGCCUGCCUGAAGCAGGAGGUGGAGGCGGGGCGCGACCUGGCUGAGGCCUGCGCCAGCACCACCUCUCUCUACAGCACUUUCUUCUUGCACCUGUUCCCCCCCAAGGGGGGCGCUCGCCUGAACCCGCAGAGCCAGGGCCGCCUGGGGAGCCUGUGCUCCCUGGCGGCGGAGGGCAUGUGGACAGACACGUUCGUGUUCAGCGCCGAGGACCUCCGGAGAAACGGGCUCGCGGACACCGACCUGCCUGCACUGCUGGACGCGAGGGUGCUGCGGCCCUGGGGAACCGGCGACCAGUGGUACCGGUUCCCCCACACCAGUGCCCAGGAGUUCUGCGCCGCCCUCUUCUAUUUCCUGGCCCAGCGCCGCGCCCCCGCACCCGUGGGCAGCGCGGAGGACCUGUUCUUCCUCUGCUUGCGGAAAAUGAGGGUGCGCUGGAUCUUCCUGGGGCCCUUCGUGUUCGGCCUUCUGAGCGAAAGGGAGCAGCGGCGGCUGGAGGCGCGCGUGGGCCCCCACCCGGCCGGGGACGUGCGGCGCGCGCUCCAGCAGCACCUGCAGCACACGGCGGAGAGCGAGCUCCUGCAGCAGGACCUGGACUUCCUGGCGCUGUUCUACUGCCUGUUCGAGAUGCAGAGCGCGGACUUCGCCGGCUGGACCAUGGGCCUCUUCCCGGAGGUCGCCGUGAGCAUCACGGACAGCGUGGAGCUGGCGGUCAGCGCCUACUGCCUGAAGCUCGCCUCGGGCUUGACGAGGCUCGCAGUCUCCAUCCAGAACGUUUUUGACGAGGAAACCAAAGGGUGCGAGGCGUGUCCCCGGUCAGGGAACGUGCUCAGCUGCUGGAACCAAGUGUGCUCUGCGCUGGCCACCGAGACGCUCCAGGAGUUCCAGCUGUGCUCCAGCGUGCUGGACCGCGCGGCCUUCACGGUGCUGUGCCACCUGCUGCGGCGCCCCAGCUGCCACCUCCAAAGGCUUGAGAUCAACAACGUGGCCCUGCCCGCGCAGCGGGGGGCCCUCUUCCAGGCGCUCACCCGCUGCCCCGACCUGCGACACCUGAACCUCGGCUCCACCGCGCUCUCGCGCAGCGACGUCUGUGAGCUCAGCAAGGCCCUGGGCCACCCCGCCAGCAACGUGCAGGAGCUCCUACUGACCAACUGCCUCCUCUCGGGGGACGACUGCGAGGUCCUCGCCUCCAUGCUGACCAGCAACAAGAAGCUGAAGCUCCUUAACUUGUCCUUCAACUACCUGGACCAGGGGCUGCCCCUGCUGUGCGAGGCUCUGCGUCACCCCGAGUGUGAGCUGGAGUCGUUGGUCUUGGUGUGCUGCUACCUCACCGAGCACAGCUGGGCCAGCCUGCACGGAGCCCUCCUGUGCAACACGAGCCUCGCCCACCUGGACCUCAGCGCCAACGUCCUGAGACGCGAGGACCUGCAGCUUCUGUGCGAGGCCCUGAGGCAGCCCAGCUGCCGCCUCCCCUCCCUGUGUUUGUCCAGAUGUUUUUUGACCACGGACGGGUGCCAAGACCUGGCCGCGGUCCUCGCCAGCACCCAGAGCCUGACCUGCCUGCAGAUCGGGAGGAACGACAUCGGGGACGUGGGCGCGGCCGCCCUGUGUGAGGCGCUGGCCCACCCCAGCUGCCGCCUGGAGAAGCUGGGGCUCAGCCACUGUCGGCUAACGAGCGCCUGCUGCGGGGACCUGGCCGCUGCCCUCGUCAGCACCAAGACUCUGCAAAAGCUGGACCUGCGGGGCAACGCACUGGGCCGCGGCGGGGUGGCCGAGCUCUGCCAGGCGCUGGGUGACCCGGAGCGCAGCCUGCGUGUGCUCGGGCUGCUUAAAGGCGAAUUCGACCAGGAGACCCAGAGGCUCCUGCAGGCCGUGGAGGAGCAGAACCCCCGGCUGAAGAUCGCGGAAGACUGAGGGGCGGGGGGCGGGCAGGGCCCCGAGUGUGGCCACCGGUCCUGCCGUUUUACUUCAUUUUUAACCGCUUGGCCGCCCUGGGGAGCCCCUGAAAAGCCCUCGAGAUCCUCCUUUUAUCCCGCAAGGGCACUGCAAACACUCAAUAAAGUCUACGACGUCUCAU